AUGGCCGGCUUGGGCCCCAGCCUGGGAGACACCACCCUGCUCGGCCUCUGGCUGCUGCUGCUGGAAGCCCCGGCCCUGGUGCCCGCCGCCUCCAAAGCCAUCGUCUGCCAGGAGAUCACGGUGCCCAUGUGCAAGGGCAUCGGCUACAACCUGACCUACAUGCCCAACCAGUUCAACCACCACACCCAGGAAGAGGCGGGCCUGGAGGUCCACCAGUUCUGGCCCCUGGUGGUGAUCCAGUGCUCGCCGGACCUCAAGUUCUUCCUCUGCAGCAUGUACACCCCCAUCUGCCUGCUGGACUACGCCAAGCCCCUGCCGCCCUGCCGGUCGGUGUGCGAGAGGGCCAAGGCCGGCUGCUCGCCCCUGAUGCGCCAGUACGGGUUCGCCUGGCCAGAGCGCAUGAACUGCGACAAGCUGCCUGUCCUGGGGGACGCCGAGAUGCUGUGCAUGGAUUAUAACCGGACCGAGGCCACCACCUCGGCCCCGUCCUUCGCCAAGCCCACCCGCCCCUCCAAAAGCGGGCAUAAAAGCCUCACCCCCUUGACGGGCCGGCACCCUCCGGGGGACUGCAGGAGGGCCUGCGAGUGCCGAGAGCCCCUGGUCUCGAUCUCCAAAGAAACCCACCCGCUCUACAACAAGAUCGAGACGGGCAACGUCCGCAACUGCGCCGUCCCCUGCUACCAGCCCUACUUCACCCAAGACGAGAAGACCUUCGCCACCUUCUGGAUCGGCCUGUGGUCCGUCCUGUGCUUCAUCUCCACCUUCACCACCGUGGCCACUUUCCUGAUCGACAUGGAGAGGUUCAAGUACCCGGAGCGCCCCAUCAUCUUCCUGUCCGCCUGCUACCUCUUUGUGUCCAUUGGCUACAUCAUCCGGCUGGUGGUGGGCCACGCCAGCGUGGCCUGCAACCAAGAUUACAACCACAUCCACUACGAGACCACGGGGCCGGCCCUCUGCACCGUGGUCUUCCUCUUGAUCUACUUCUUUGGCAUGGCCAGCUCCAUCUGGUGGGUCAUCUUAUCCCUCACCUGGUUCCUGGCGGCCGGGAUGAAAUGGGGGAACGAGGCCAUCGCCAGCUACUCCCAGUAUUUCCACAUGGCCGCUUGGCUGAUCCCCAGCAUCAAGUCCAUUGCCGUGCUGGCCCUGAGCUCGGUGGAUGGCGAUCCGGUGGCGGGCAUCUGCUACGUGGGCAACCAGAACCUCGACAAGCUCCGGGGUUUCGUCCUGGCGCCUUUGGUGGUGUACCUUUUCACCGGGACCAUGUUUCUGCUGGCUGGGUUCGUGUCCCUCUUCAGGAUCCGGAGCGUUAUCAAACAAGGAGGCACCAAAACGGACAAGCUGGAGAAGCUGAUGAUCCGGAUAGGGAUCUUCACGGUCCUGUACACCGUCCCGGCGACCAUCGUGGUGGCCUGCUACAUCUACGAGCAGCACUACCGGGAGAAGUGGGAACUCGCUCAGAACUGCUCCUGCCCUGGGGACAAACAGAAACCGAAGCCCGAUUACGCCAUCUUCAUGUUGAAGUACUUCAUGUGCCUGGUGGUGGGGAUCACCUCGGGGGUCUGGAUUUGGUCGGGCAAGACCCUCGAGUCAUGGCGGCGGUUCACAGGGAGGUGUUGCCAGAGUGGCAAGCCCACCGGCACACCCAUGUACAGCGAAGCCAACGCGGCUCUGACGGCAAGGACCGGGGUGCCCAGUUCGGCUUCCUACCAUAAACAAGCCCCGUUCUCCCAUGUAUGAAAAAGCACCUUGCUUGUUGGGAGCAGGUAA